AUGGAACAUCUAUCGAUUAAAUUAAAUGAUUUACCAGAUGAGAUUCUGAUAACUAUCUUGAAAAAAUUGUACAAUGUCGAAGUACUCUAUUCUUUAAUAGGUGUUAAUAAACGAUUCAAUACAAUUGCGCAUGAUUCAACUUUUGCAAGUUAUUUAACAUUAUUUUGUAAACAAGAUGACUUAAUCUCUCCAUUACCUGAUCCAAUGCUUGAUCGAUUUUGUUCGCAAAUUUUACCUUCGAUUCAUUAUAAAGUCAAAUCGCUUAAACUUGAAUCGACAUCUAUGGAACGUAUUCUUCUUACUACAAAUUAUCCUAAUUUAUAUGAACUUGGUUUAUAUGAUAUUGAUUUAGAAAAAGCUACAUCUCUCUUUGACGACACUACUUUUAUUUAUGUAAACAAAGGUCAAAUAUCAUCACUUGUUAUCGAUAUAAAUAAAAAUAAAAAACAAAUCUUAGUAUUCGAUACUGGUAGAGUUGUAUUUGCACAUAUUUUUACUAUGUUCAUCAAUUUACAAUAUUUAAAUUUCGGUCCGUCUUCAAUUUCCUAUCUACAAUUAUCAUUUGGCAUGUUACUUCCAACUGUUCUGUCUUCAAAUCUAUUAGAAUUACAUGUUUGUGUGUUACAUUUCAGUGAUUGUCUUUAUUUACUUGAUGGACGUUUUAAUCAACUUCAUACAUUCUAUGUUAAUAUUUGUUCCAUUUCCUCUCACAGUUUAACAAUCAAUAAUGAGGAAAAAUUACCUAAUCUAAGAUGUUUUUCAUUAUAUUGUGAUAUGCGUACAUUUGAGUAUGAUGAAUUAAUUGUACCAUUACUACAUCGAAUGUUGAACUUAGAAAAACUUGAUUUACAUCUUCAUAAUGUUGUUCGUGGUAACGGAUUUAUUGAUGGGAAGUAUUUAAAAGAAAAUAUAAUUAAUUAUAUGUUACAAUUAAAUAAAUUUGCAUUUAAUAUUCGUUCAUUUGAAUCUUCUUAUAAUCUAAUUAAUUUACCUUCAAAUGAAGAUAUUCAACAUACAUUCAAAGAGUUUAAAAAUAAUCAAAUUGUUUCUUGUGUUGAUUAUUUCCAAAAAAGACAAUGUGGUUCCUGUCAUAUUUAUUCUUAUCCAUAUAGAAUGAAAUAUUAUGAUGAUAUCACAAAUAAUUUUCCAGGUGGAUUAUUUAAAUAUGUUCAAACAGUUGAAUUAUUUGAUGAUCGUCCAUUUGAAUAUGAAUUUUUUCGUCAAAUUGCUCAAUCUUUUCCAUUUAUGAAAAACUUAUCUGUAAUUAAUGACAAACCUCAGAAGAAUAAAUUAUAUAGAAAAUCAAAGAAAGUCGACAAUCAAGAUUUAUCAAUUAUUGAAUAUCCUCAUCUUAUUCGUCUUCAUCUUUAUCAAGCUCAUGAUGAUUAUGUCGAACAAUUUCUAGUUGAUACAGAAAUAUCAUCCAACAACACGUCAUCAACAAACACAUUGUCAUCGACAAACACAUUGUCAUCGACUGAAGAACCAUUACUACCGACAUGGCAAGCAUCUGCUUGUGCCCGAUUGGAUAAAACAUUGAGCGAAAGAGCUCCGAAGCCCAUUGGACAACUACGCCAUUUAAUCGAUUCUGCAGCACAAGAAACGAAUGUGCCAGCUGAUUUCAUCGGCGCUGUCAUCUAUCAAGAGUCUAGAGGUAAUAUAAAUGUUAACACGAUAACAAAUCCAGGCAAUUUUGGAGUCGGUUCGGGUUUCAUGCAAGUAAAUGAGUAUAGAGGUGCCGAACUUCAACAACAAUAUCCUCAUCGUUUUGUUAGUCUUUAUGGUAUAGAAAAAGAAAUUAUGCUUGGUGCCAGCUAUCUUAAACAGAUGUAUGACACAUUUGCAGAUCAAGAUUGGGGCAUUACAUUUCGUGCUUAUAAUUCAGGUCAGAAUGGUGUCGAUAAAAAUAAUCUAUGCGCGAAACCAGCGGGUACUGGUGACAGUACUUAUGUCGACAAGGUUUUACAUUUUUGGGUUGACAUUUCGCAAGGCAACAUUGCAUAA